AUGAUCACCAAAAGCAAAUUGAAUUUCAAUGAAUUCACUCAACUGUGGCGAAACAUCCGUCAGUGGUGUGCAGUAUUCAAAAGACACGACUCCGACGGCAAUAAUAUUAUUUCGGCCCAUGAAUUGAGGGCAUCUUUUCAAGAGGUCGGACUCAACGUCAACCGACAAAUACUCGAGGUUUUGAUCCACAGAUUCGGUGUCUUUCCAGCGAAAAAGGAUAGCAAAGAGAAAGGAUUGUCUUUUGAAGACUUCAUUCAGGCGUCGAUGAAAUUGAAGCAUUCAAUCGACACCUGGAACUCAAAAUCAAAGACAGCACAGACACCGACCCCUUCAAAGAUAUUGCCGUUUGCUUCCGGAAAAUAUGCCGCGAAUAAUGCUAUCCAAAGCAAGCCGUCUUUCACUCUCGAAGAAUUCGUCGAGAGAAUGAUGUAUUGCUAAACGAUUGACAACUAUUUGUUAAGUAAAAUAAAUGUUAACUCAAAGACUCGUAAGUC